GUCCCGUCCGUUGAUGACGUAUAUUUCAGGGGACGGAUGGAGGGCGGUUUGAACGCGAAGAGGCAACUUUUGUCAACAUGUUAGAAAUAAACCAAAAAAAAAAACCUGACACGAGAGAAGAAAGCGUUCACUGUCAGUGAGACACGUUAUCAGUAAGUCGACGCAGAAUACUCGUUUAUAUAAUUUAGCCUUUUUCGCAGGACUUUACCGUUUAUUUAACUCGAUGCUAGCUAGCUGCCGUUAGCUGCCUGUUGGACUGCUGGCAGCUCUCUCUCACUUUUCUCUCCGCUGAGUGUUGGACGAUAUUGGGGUUAAAAUGGCGAGUGUGCACGAAAGUCUGUACUUCAACCCCAUGAUGACGAACGGGGUGGUCCAUGCGAACGUGUUCGGCAUCAAAGACUGGGUCACCCCGUACAAGAUCUCCGUCCUGGCGCUGCUGUACGACAUGACCGCGACCAAGAUCACUUUACCGGAGAGGAGACGCCUCAACAAGCUGAUCCUGCCGCUGCAGCAGGGUCCAGAUCUGACUCUGGGUCAGUUCCUGAAGACUGUGGAGGAGUGCUGCCCUCAGGCUGCUUAUGCUGUCAAACUCAGGCUUCAUGAAAUGGCCGACGGAGAGCUGAAGGACAUGGAGUACUUCUUCUCCACCCUCCCCACACCUUUCACUGCCUUCGACUCUGAGGCCUAUAAGACCAGUGUUGUAGGUCUGUUUAUGAGACACAUGCUGCUGGCCUACAACAAGCUGUCCUUCAGUCAGGUCUACAAGCUGUACAAGUCCCUGCAGCACUACUACCACAGUCACUACGCCAAGCCGACAGACGCACAGGCGGGGCUGCCGGCGCUGGCCGCUGAUGACUCCGACAUGGACCUCACCAGCACCGAGGACACCGUCGGGGACAGAAUGGACAAAGAGGAACUGGACGGCCCGCUGCACGAGUCAGAGCUCCGAAAUGACAAUAAUCCCAGCAGAGGUCCGCUGUCGCAGAAACAAGCAGAGUACUUUCUUGCAAGACAGGCGUAUCUUCUGAAGAACGAUGAGAACAAAGCUCUGAAGCCGGCCGCGCUGCAGGAAGAGCUCAACAACAUGCUGAAGUUUAAUCCAGAUUUUGCUGAAGCGCAUUACCUGAACUACCUGAACAGCAUGAGGGUCCAGGACAUCUUCCUGUCGGCCCACAGCCUCUUACAUUAUUUCGACCGACUCAUCUUGUCUGGAAACGAGGGGAAGAGUAACGGGGACGAGGGCUACGGCCGGAGUCUCCGCUACGCUGCUCUCAACCUGGCGAGCCUGCACUGUCGCUUCGGACACUAUCAGCAGGCUGACCUGGCGCUGCAGGAGGCGAUCCGCAUCGCCCAGGAGUCCAACGAUCACGUGUGCCUGCAGCACUGUCUGAGUUGGCUCUACACUCUGGAACAGAUGAGGGGAUCUGACAGCACUGUGUUAACUGAGGAUUCGGUGAAGAUGGCCGCACAUUUCUGCCUGCCAUACUUGGCCUCUCUGGGCAUUCAGUCUCUGGUCCAGCAGGGGGCGACACAGGGCAAGACAGCCCACAAACUGAUGGACGCCCUGAAGGACACGGACAUCCUGCACUGGAAGCACAGUCUGUCGGAGCUGAUCGAGAUCAGCCUCGCUCAGACGACGUCCAUCUGGAGGAUGUACGGGAAGAGCACCAUGGCUCUGCAGCAGGCCCAGCUGCUGCUCAACAUGAGCAGUCUGGAGCCGGUCAACUUCGGGGUCCAGCAGAACAACACCGAGGCGUUCGCUGUGGCUCUGUGCCACCUGGCCGAGCUACACGCUGAGCAGGGUCUGUACAGCGCAGUGUCAGAGAUUCUCCUGCAUCUGAAGGAACAGUUUCCUCCUCACUCACAGCAUGCCAAGCUGUGGAUGCUGUGUGAUCUGAAAAUCCAGUUUGAGAGACACAUGAACGAAGGAAAAUACCAUCUGGCAGAGCCGCUGGUCACCGCCAUCUCCGCCUUAAACAAAACAGAAGGCCUCUACAGGAAAGCUCAAGUUCUGAAGGCUCUGAACCGCAGCACCGAGGCGUACAGCAUCCUGCAGCGUCUGCAGGCGCACUGUGAGAAGACUAAAUGCACAGAGGUGGUCAUCAGAGUGAUGCUCUCCACCGCCGAGCUCCACUGGGAGUCAUCUGGCUUCUCCACCGCUCUUCCUCUCCUCCUGCAGGCCUUGGCUCUGGCGAGACAGCACCACCUCCAGUCUCUGGCCUCAGAGAGCAUCCUUCAUCUGGCCUUCACUCAGUUGAUGUUGGGGGUCCCUGAACAGGCUCUGAGCGUUCUCCAUGAAGCCAUCGAGCCGGUCCUGGCUCACGGAUCUGUCAUGGACAAAGGCCGAGCUCUGCUGCUGGCGGCCCGCUGUCAGAUGGCGGUGGCUGGUUUCAGGCCAAACGGACAAGGGCAAGCAGAUUUGCAUUUGGCGGGUUUGGCUGUUGACACUCUAAAGGAGGCUACAGCGUACUUCUCCAAGCUGAGCUGUAAGGAGCGUCUGCGGGACGUCCACUACCUGCAGGCUCAGCUCCACCACGCGCUGGGACAAACCUCGCAGCGCAACAGAAGCGCCAUGCUCUUCCGUUUGCGUGACCAGGAGCUGCAGUCGCCGGCACCACCGGUUUCCAUGCGGCUCUGAGGAGUUCUUCGGGAUACAACUCCUGCUCUGACUGUUCAGCUGAGUCACUGCUGCUCACCACUAGAUGGUGAUAAAGAUCUGUUCUGCUCUCUUGGCUCUGAAGCAUUUCAUGUAUAAAUAUUUUGAACAAAUGGCA